ACUUCCGGAGUGUCAGUGUGUGUCAUUUUCUGGGAGAAAAAAGACGUGCAAAUUGCUUUUCUUAGCUUUUUCAUUGUCUGAAAAUGCUUUUCAAUCUAGUCAAGCAGCGUGAGUGAGUUGGAAGACUUGUUCAAAGUGAGUCGGCAUGGCGGGCGUGCUUGGAUAUAGUCGCGAGGCUGUGCGGGUGCGAGUAAAGAAGUAUGAGAUGAAUCUGCCGCCCGAGUGGCGGAAGUUCUCGGUGGAUCCACAAAUAACUUCCCUUGAGGUGCUGUACAGUCUCCUAGCGAAGGCGUUCGACCUCAAGACAGACUUCACGAUAAGCUACAAGGCGAUCGAUCCUAAUGGCCAGGAAAUCUACCUGUCGGUGCUGUCGGACUGGGAUCUGGACGCUGCCUUCCUCAGAGCGCACAAUUACUCAAUAGCUAACGCCUCGGAACCAUGUCUCAACCUCCGUGUGGAUAUCAAGCCGUUCUCCGAGGCGCCAGAUUGGGAUUCCACGAGCAAUUCGAGCAACAUGAGCGCCCCCAAGGAGAACAUGUUGGGCGCCGGACAGCGAUACGUUCAGAAUGUGCAGAAUCGUCUCCCUGGAAUCCUCAUGAAUCAAAUGGAGAGGACUUUCUCCAUGGUUCAGCGGGCUUUCAAUUUCAUAGAUGAGCAGACAAUUUUGCAGCCCCCGAGACACCCAUUAACAGACGCAGAGUUCCGUGGGAUGCUGGACUCUGUGGGUCAGAUUGUGCAACCGUUCAACCUGCGACAGGUGAUUUACAUGGGUGGCAUUGACCCGAGCUUGAGAAGAGUAGUGUGGAAGCACAUUCUGAACGUCUAUCCGGACGGGAUGACUGGAAGAGAGAGAAUGGACUACAUCAAGAGGAAGUCCACGGAGUACUUCAAGCUCCGCGAGACGUGGAGAAUAGCUGUCCAGCGGGGGAACGUUGCCGGGGAGUUGGCCUAUGUGACCAGCAUGGUGAGGAAGGAUGUCCUUCGCACCGACAGGUUGCAUCCCUUCUACGCAGGCAGUGAUGAUAAUCAAAAUAUUGCUGCUCUCUUCAAUAUUCUCACCACGUUCGCUCUCAAUCAUCCAUCUGUAAGCUAUUGUCAGGGCAUGUCGGACAUCGCUUCGCCUCUCCUGGUCACGAUGGGCGGCGAUGAGGCUCAGGCUUACAUUUGCUUUUGUGCCGUCAUGAGGCGUCUCUGCGGGAACUUCAUGCUCGAUGGACUGGCCAUGACACAGAAAUUCACCCACUUAACCAUCUCUCUCCAGCACUACGAUCCGGAAUUCUAUGAGUAUCUCAAAGCACAGCAGGCGGACGACCUUCUCUUCUGCUACCGUUGGCUUUUGCUCGAGAUGAAGCGGGAGUUUGCCUUUGAAGACAGCUUGCGGAUGCUGGAGGUGCUGUGGAGUUCUCUUCCUUCGGACCCGCCUGAGCAAGAGUUAAAGCUGCACGAGAGGGAGUUCGAGGUGACUCCGGAGAUUGUGGCGCCGAACAUGUCAUCAAUCCUCAGAACACCCAGGGAAAAUCCUUAUACAAAAAUCUGCGCAUUGCGUCGGCAAAACUCAGCCGCAUCACUACAGAGUCAUCACAUCAGCUACCCAACGAGUCCAGCUCCGCUGGGCACCACUAAGCGCCUGAAUCAUAGCCUUGACGAGACCUUGGCGUGUCUCAGUCCUGAUAUGAACAACAGUAAGAGUCCUCAGAGUCUGGACGAGACAAAGUUUAGGUUCCCUGAGUGUUCGACAAAACAGGAGGAGAUUCUGGAGGAAAAGCCUGUGGAGAUUUGCGCGGACAGUGCUGAAAUGGAGCCCCAGCGGCCCUCAACGCCUGACGAAGCUCCACGGAGACAACCUCUAGUUAAGGGUGGUUCUCUGAAUCGUCAUGUGACAGGGAAGAAAUCGUCAGGAGGGCACUUUAGGGAACUGAAAGAGCGUCUAGCGGCUAGCAAAAAGGGCAUUCUAGCUUCCUUCGACAGUGUUCAGACGAAUGAUCAGGGCCAGAAACUUGUGAAGAACUUCAAUGAAUUCCUCAAUUUUGCCGCAAUGAACAAGCAGGCGGAAAAAGGAAAGGCGGAAGAGAGAUCAACCAAUCCCUUUGAUGACAGUCCAGAUGAUUCGCAAGAGUACUUCCCCAUGACCACGUCCAUGACGAGGGAAUUGCGGUUGGAAUUGGAGAAUCUGGAUAGGCAGCUCUUUGGGCCAGACUUUCAGAAGAAGCACUUUAACUCGCUGCUGGAUUGUGACACACCAGGAAGUGGGGAUUCUGUGAACAGUGGGGAUAAGAACAAGUCGCCAGGAAUUGCGUACACAAAGUUGGAGCACAACUCAAUUGAGGUGUGCGAGAGUCUCUUCAAUGGGCACCAGAAAGAGGUGGGAUCGGGAGAAGAGACGCCGGCAAAGGUGACGAGUGGCACGACGGAUGUCUUCGUCUGGGAGAAUCCUCUACACCAGCUGAAUUCUGGGACAGAGGAGGAGCGUCGAGUGGCGGGAGUGAAUCUCACCACGCCCGAUGAGCAGACUGAUCUAGAAUAUGAUGGGGAAAUUGUCGAUGAGACGAACGGCGGUAAAUCCAUCACUCCAAUUCGCCUGUUGAUUCGGCGAAAUGACUCAAAGCCCAGCAGCAGGAAUUCGGUUGUGUACGGCGAGGAGUCAGACUCUGACCGAUCGGACAGCUGGAAUGAGUCGCGAAAGCUACUGGAGCCACCCAGAAGUACACUAGAUGUGGAUCAGAGAAUCACCGCCGCCGUCACGAUGACCAAUUCGUGUGAAGAGGCGUCUGAGGCGAGUAACUCAGCCCCACCACCAAAGAUUCCUGGCGAUCUGCCGCCGCCAAGUGAGUUUGGCGGCGGCAAUCCCUUCCUCAUCUUCCUGGCGCUGUCGCUGCUCCUGCAGAGCAGAGAUUUUGUGAUAAAGAGCGGAAUGGACUACAAUGAGAUGGCCAUGCACUUCGACAAGAUGGUCCGGAAGCACAACGUCACGCGAACACUGAAUCACGCGCGCCGGAUGUACGCGGACUACCUGCGAUCUCAGAGCUCCUCAGGGGCCAGCCGAACGACUGCGGGGCCCAUCGGCACGGCCAGGAAGCAUUCCAAUAGACUUUAGGAUGCCACUGCGAUAGGUUCUCGAUGGGGAUUUCGAAUGAUAUUCAUACAGUAGAGAGUAUUUUGCAUUUUUUAUAUGAUAUCCAGAGCUUUUUUACAUAACUUAUCGUUCCUAAUUGCAGCAUUUUGAUUAGUAUGAAAGGAAAAUGUGGCUAUUUGAGAGAUUUAUUUAAUGUGAAGUAAUAUUUCCGUGUGAUUCACGCAGAGCAUUUCGAAAUCUCCACCGCGAUUUAGGAUCAUUCCGGUAGAUGUGAUUUCAGAUAGGUUUAUUCCCAAACUAUUAUAUCCCAGAUCGCAUGCUUUGAUCUUAUUAUAAACUGAUCUUGAUCGCGAGCGAGAAUAAAAUCUGGCGAGAAUGCAAAGACUUUUACUUCCUAAGAAGAUUGUUGGUCAUCCGAUGUAAUGCGUACGCAAUAGUGCACUCGCACCUUGUAAGCAAUUUAUUAAUUUUCAUUAAUAA